AUGUCUUCUCCUUUUAAAAAUAUCGUCAUUAUCGGCGCCUCAGGCUCCAUAGGUAGCAUAAUACUCGAAGCCUUUCUCAACACUCCCACUGUGACAACCACAAUCCUUCAACGCGCCUCUUCCUCCAGAGCGGCUUCCCCUCCUUCAGCUCACGUCGUAACCAUCCCAGACGACUACCCCCACGACCCACUCGUCGCCGCCUUCGCGAACCAAGACGCAGUGAUCAACUGCGUCACAACCCUCGCCGUGCGCACCCAGCUCCGGAUCAUCGCCGCCGCCGCCGAGGCCGGCGUCCGGCGCUACGUCCCCUCCGAGUACGGCCUCAACAACAACAACCCGGCCGCCCGCGCGCUAUGCCCCGUCUUCCGCGAGAAGGGCGAGGUGCAGGACCACCUCCGCACCCUGGAGCACCGCAUGGAGUGGAUGGCCGUCGCGAGCGGCAUGUGGCUCAGGUGGAGUGCGGUGCACGAGUUCCUCGGCAUGCACAUCGCCGAGAGGAAGGUUGUCCUCUGGGACGAUGGCGAGGGCUUGUUUAGCACGACGACUGAGGAGAACACGGCUCUCGCGGUCGUGAACGCGCUGACUAAGAAAUGGGAGGAGACAGCGAAUAAGGUCGUCUUGCUCAGCGAUUUUGCGGUGUCUCAGAAGCAGUUGCUAGAGGCAGUUGAGCGGUUCACGGGUGAGAAGUUCGAGACAGAGUUCAUUGACUCGGAGUCAUUCAUCCUGGAGAAGCAGGCGGCUGCCCUGGCUGGUGAUGGUGGGGCUGCGUAUGCACUGAUUGAGACAGGCUUUGUUACUGGCAAAUAUGGGGGCUAUCUGGAGGACGAAGGCGAGAUUAUGAAUGACCUGCUGGAACUUCCAAGGCGGUCAUUUGCGGAAGUUGUCAAGGCCGCUGUUAAGGCGGUGAAGACGUUAUGA